AUGAAAUUGAUGAAAAACACGAACUUGGAUGAUGACUCUGCAGAGGUCACCGACGACGUUUAUCCGACCGCCCCGAUCGAGAGUAGCGGUUGGGCCAUCUGUGGCAAGUUUUUUGUCUUUGCCGCUGUGGUGGCUUCUGUUGUUGGCUAUCUUCGCCAACGCCACACGCAAAAGUCUAAGAAGGCUCGUUAUGAGAAGAGCUUGGCGUAG